CUCGUUGGACUGUAAGAGUUGAACAUUACAGCUCGCCUCUUCAUACAGGUAACAAUGAAUAUCUUCCUGGAAAUACUUCUUCUGCUGCUUACAUUCAUCUACUCGUACUUGGAAGCCUUUGUGAAACUUUUUAUACCCUUGAAAAGAAAAUCUGUGAGUGGUGAGAUUGUCCUAAUCACUGGCGCUGGACAUGGAAUAGGAAGGAUCACAGCAACUUUGUUUGCCAAACUUGAAAGCGUUCUGGUUUUAUGGGAUAUUAAUAAGAAUGGUGUAGAUGAAACUGCAAGAGAGUGCAGGAAGCUUGGUGCAAAAGUGUACACAUAUGUGGUGGACUGCAGCAAACGGGAAGAAAUCUAUGCAACUGCUGGCAAGGUCAAAGAAGAAGUUGGAGAUGUUAAUAUUCUGAUUAAUAAUGCUGGUAUUGUUUUCUGUGCUGAUCUGCUGACGCUGCAAGAUAGCCAGAUCCAAAAAAUAUUUGAAGUGAAUAUUCUUGCUCAUUUUUGGACCACAAGAGCUUUUCUUCCAUCCAUGAUAACCAACAACCAUGGACAUAUUGUUACAGUAGCUUCAUCAGCAGGUGUUAUUGGAGUUCCAUUCUUGGUGGACUAUUGUGCCACUAAAUUCGCAGCAGUUGGGUAUCACAAGUCACUUACCGCAGAACUCUCUGCAAUAAAGAAACCUGGAAUAAAGACUACAUGUCUCUGUCCUGUAUUUGUCAACACUGGCUUUGUAAAAAAUCCAAGCACAAGAUUCUCUCCAGUAUUGGAGCCGGAAGAUGUUGCAAAGAAUCUGGUGGAUGGUAUUUUGACUAACAAGAAGAUUAUAUUUAUUCCACCUUUUAUAUCUGCAACAGCAGUUAUGGAGUUCUUUCUUCCAGAACGUGCCUUGAAAGCUUUGAACAAAUUCCACGAUGUGAAGUUUGAUGCCAAAGUUCAGUGCAUUGACAAAGAUAAAUAGGUCCUUUUCGUUGGAAUCCUACUGUGUUGUCUAACAAUGUAAUAAUAAUUUUGGUUACUGCAAAGAUUAAAGAUAAUUAUCUAAUA